CGCCACGCAGCUUCCACACUUCCAUCCCCCGCGUCUGCAGCCUCCAGCGCUCCAGGCAGGCUACCAGCUCCUCCACCUCACCUCAUGCUCGCUCGCACCAAAAAGCAAAAGGUGAAAAAAACGACGCGUCGGAGGCUCGGAGCUCGCUGCCACACCAAUCGCCCCUCCUCUCGCUGCCUCCCUCUUAUCUCCUCUCCCCGGCUCCGCCAGCUCCGCUUCGUCAUUGCCCCGCCGCCGCCUUCCUCGUCCCCGGUCCCUGCGCGCGCGGCAGCCGGCGGCUAGCAGAGAUGGCCCUGCAGCAGGCUCCGGCGUCGUCCCUGGCGCGCGCGCCGGCGCCGCCGCCCCGGUCGUCCUUCUCGGCGCCGUGGCCGGCGCUGCGGCAGCCGGCGCCGGCGCAGCGGCGGGCGGCCGCGUCCACGGCCGCGCGGAUCAUCACCAUGCGGGUCGCGUCCAAGCAGGCCUACAUCUGCCGCGACUGCGGGUACAUCUACAACGACAGGACCCCGUUUGAGAAGCUGGCCGACAACUACUUCUGCCCCGUUUGUGGAGCUCCAAAGAGGAGGUUCAGACCUUACCAGCCGGCGGUGUCCAAGAACGCGAACUCCACCGAUGUCCGCAAGGCGAGGAAGGAGCAGCUGAAGAAGGACGAAGCAAUCGGGCAAGCCUUGCCGAUCGCCAUUGUCGCCGGAAUCAUCGCUCUGGCCGGCCUCUACUUCUACCUCAACAACGCCUACAACUAGACGAACAAACACGCUUCAGAGACGACCAAUCCAUUUGGUGCCGGGGACAGGAUUCUUCCCAUUUUGCCCUUUGUUUUUGUGGCUGUACAUGUGUGCGUCAUGCUACAUGCAUACUACUAGGGAUCCAAUUCAACCUCCAAGACUGUUAUACAACCCGUUGUUGAGCUUGAAAUGCCAUACGUUACUCAACUGACAGAUGAUUAUGAUUUUGAGUGCUACACUUAAAUUCCAUGUAGGCUCUCCUUCAAGCUUCAAGUGUGAUGAAAUUGGAGUAGGAUGGCAUUUUCUAGAA